AGAGUAAUUAUAUUGUUGCUCCUGAUACAUGAGUCAUACCAUGUGAAAGAAAACGGAUCUGAGAAUAGGACAGCAGGAGUGUACAGCCCAACGCGUUUCAGUCAGACAUCAUAUCUGAACCUGUCAGUACCUGAGUAAUGGAUCCUUAUCAGAACCAGAGAAACUCAAGAAACCACCUGGCCCCCCUAAACGACAGCAACACAUCAGGUGUUUCUGGAAAUGAUCACACACCUUACACUCCCGACAGAGAUGCAACUGACAGCGGACAUCCACAAGCGGCGGCCAGGCAGCCUCAGCACUCAGGUGGAUUCACCAUGAUCCCACCAAAUGAAUCUCGGCGAAGCAAGAUAAAAUUGAUGGCUCAGAAAGAAGAGGAGGAUCUUCAGAAGUGGAAAGAGGCAAACAGAGCCCCCCCCUUGCAGCUGAAUCCAGAGAAGCUCGGUGGCCAUGUAACAUUGGCUGGAGCCAGGGAGAAGCAGCUUACAGACUUACGUUGCUCCAAACUGCAGAAGAAGCUGAGAAAGGAAGAGUUGGACAAGAGGAGGAGACAAGAAGAGGAGGAGGAGUUACAGAAGAUGAAAGCCAUCCAGAGGGAGAAGGCUGAGCACCUGGAGGAGAGGAGAAAACAGGAGGAGCAGAGGAGGAGGGAGCAGCUCAGGCAGGAUCACUCCAGGUCAGCCCUGGAUCAGGUUCACUUGGGUCUCAUCACUGUCACCGUGCGGACGACUGAGAGUUUUCUGCAGAGGUUUGAGAGGAGAGCCCCAGGUCCCCUGGCAACCAGCAGUGCCACACACACGUCAUCUAGGAGUGAGGUGGUGGAGACUAAGCAGAGAGAGGAGUCGAAAAGUGUGAGAGAAGUACAGCUGGAACACAAGAGGGUGAACUCAGCUUUUCUGGACAAACUCGAGGGUCACGAGAGCGAGAGAGAGACCAAGGGGGAAAGCGUUCGGGAGGCAGAGUAUCCCUUUUUGGCCUCUGAAGACUUUAGACACCAGCCGUCCAGCACCCCUGGACAACAACUUCCCCUCGCUCACAUGAACCUAGAUCCAGAACAGAGCUGCUCCGACUGGACACAGGAAGCUGACCCGGAGCCUGACUAUGACUGGGCCUUGAUGAAACUGAUGAACAGCUUUCCAGACUGCUGCAGAGUCUUCCUAGAGGACAUCCUCGACCAGUGCGACGGAGAUUACGAGCAGGCCUACACACUACUCAUCUCCACGCUCAGUUGAAUUUUAUGUGUCUUUAAUGGGAGAACUGUCUUGCUUUAAUAUUGUGUUUGACCCUUUAGGUCCGAAUAAGAAUAGCUAGAAGUCAGUUACGUACCUUGGUGGUGGAUGAAUAUAAAUAUCUGUGCUGACUGCACUGCACAACUGCAUUAGAUAUAUACGUACAGAACAGUAUGUGCUCCUUGGAAUCUGUUUUUGAUUAUGCCAUUAAUCAUUGAGUAUAUCUGUCUGCAUGCACUUGUGAGUCAUGUCGGCUUUUUGCCCUGACAUGGAGUUGAAUUGAUGUUCGUUUUAGUUGAAGGUCAUCGCCGUGACUCAUAAUCUUCAGAUCAUAUUUGGGGAUCGUAAUUAAAUCAGUGUGUGCAGUUGGAAGAAAGCUCUAUCCAAAUACAUGAUGCUUUUUGUUUGUUUUAUAAUGAAAGUCGCAUGUGAUGUAUCUAUAGCAGGAUUCUUCAGGACAACAAAGGAUGGAAAUCCAAAUAGGAUUUUCUGUAGAAAGGCCUUUUAUGAUUGGUUUCAGUUCAAAGUCACAGUCAGCUUUAGAGGGAUUCAAUAAAACGCAUUUUUGUUAACUGUC